ACAGCACAGCCAGUCCUUUCGUGCACCUCUUGCGCCGCCAGCUUUAGUAGUCUCACCUCGUAUAUUGAGUUGUACUCUUCGGGUGCCUGGACUCGACUUCCCCCCCCCCCCCCCGCAUAGUCCGCAUAGCUCGGCUCUGUUAGUUACUUCCGGGGUUUCGGAAUGGCAUUGCGAACGUGUCUGGUUCAGAGAGUAUUGAGGUUGAUUUUAGAUCGCUGAAGCCUACCUCUACUCUGUGAUUAUUGUCGUGCUAGUCGCUGCUGACCAUUGUACGAGCAUCUGCUCGCCACUCCACCUAACGACCUCGAACUGUCCGAGUCUAAGUGUAUGCAGUGUUUUUUUUUCCCUCUACUUUGAUUUUCCCUCAAGAGCUUUCGCUCGACUGUGGUUACAUUGUGGUAACCGUCGGCUCUUGUAGGAAAAUAUUGACGGGCCCAUUCAAAAUUAGGGUUACAUUUAGUAUCCGCAGCUCUCAAUGGACUUUUUAACGAGGAUAAAGUCACCCUGACUCAGCACGCGUUACCUAGCUCGCAAACGAUCCCUAGUACGCGUUAGAGUAGGUCGCGUUUCUCGCCAUGGCAGCGGAGCAGGGACUGCCGAGUCCCGGCAUUCGGUUGGCGGAUCCCGCCGCGCUUCUAACGCAUAUCGAGGUCCCCAACCAGGUCAAGGAUGUCAUAAUGGACGGUCCAGAUCGCAACAGCGACGCCUACUACACGUAUUUGGACGCCGUGGAUCGGCUGAACGGUGCAGUGCGGUUCAUAGAGGAGGAGUUGCGGAACGGGCGGUACCUGAUCGCCAAGGCCAUGGAGAACGUCAAGGCGGACUUUCACGGGCUGCUGGCAGACAGCAGUCUCUUUCCGGACCUGGACGAGCUUCGGGAGGCGAUGCUGUCAGAGGAGUCACCGGACCAGAUAACGCCCCCAGAGAUGAUUGCCGAGGCUGCGCUGCCGAAGCUGCAUGCCAUGGCUCGUCGGCUGGUGGAGAACGGAUGUGCUUCGGACUGCACGCGCGCUUACAAGGAGAAACGGGAGGCAGCGCUUAGAAGGAAUUUCCAGCGGGCUGGGGGUGCAGACGAUGACCAAGGCGGAGAUCCACAGCACCCCAUGGCCGCAGCUGGAGGAGCGGAUGAGGCGGUGGAGCGAACACAUGCACAUUGGGAUGAUUCUGGUGGCAGGCGAACGGGAGGCAUGUGACGAGGUGUUUGACGGUUGGAGCCGUGCG